AUGGAGGCAAGCAGUUCGCGGGAGAGAAACACGACGUCGUCACACGACGACGUAACUAUGGAGGGCGCGGACACACCAGCAGGGGGCUUGAGUAGCUCCAGGGCCAAACGGCCACGCGCCCAAACAGACCAAGGGAUGACAGAAGAUGAACUUGAUGAAGAAGAGCUAAUUCAAGCUUUCUCGGAGGAAGAGUGGGCUGAUGUCGAGCGCCACCUGCAGGACACUACCACAGAAGUGGUUUUCGCAAUGAACGAGCGCUUGGUGAAGGUCAACGGCUAUCGUAUGACGCUAGCCGACUUCAAGCAGGACAUCAUCGAGCUGUGUAAGCAGUUGGGCGUGCUUUUCGAGGGAGACGACUUGAUUGAAAGCGUGAUGUUUUUAUCAGGGCGCCCGAAGAAUCUGGACCGAGCACUAUGGUUGGUGCUGAAGAAGGGAGAGAUAACUGUGGAGGGUGUGCGCAUUUGGGUACAGUCAAUGUUCACGGGCAAAAAGACCACGCCACUUACGCUUAACGAAUUGGAGUACAUGAAUUGCAACCGUGUCUCCGUUUCCCAGUUGUGUGACAUUGUUAAGGAAUGGGGUGGAGCAGACUUCGUGGUGGUUUCACACGGGUACAACACAGAUCGGUACAACAUUCGGCAGCGAGGCAGACGCCCUGUGCAGGAAUGUUUACACGUGGCAGCAACUGAGUCGCCAUAUCCAAUCUACUCCUUCCGGUUGUUCUUCCCAAGCCCCCAGGCAGCGAACAGAGUCCGUCAAGAAUUAUUUCGAGUCGGCAUCUUCGGAUUACGAGUUGAGAUCAAAGCAGCAGACAUUGAGGAAGUGCUCGAGAGUAAUGGGUUGGGUAAGGUGAGAGUUGAAAUUCGUGGAAAGCAACCGCUGUUUGGUGUGGGAACGUGUAUGUCAUCCGACCAGCAGAAUGCCAUUCUCACCCAAUUCGGCCCCGAAGGCGCCAACGUGCUGAAAUACAAGAAUACGCCGCUUUACCUAAGAAAAUGGGAGGACGUGCCAGCCCAGCGCCGCUGCCACGAAUGUAAGCAGCCCGGUCAUCUCAGGUAUGCAUGCCCGCGCCUUACUGGUCUGGAGUCCCAACAUCAGCCAGCUAGUGCUGUAGUGUUGUCAAGCCGUCGUGAGAACUCGGCCAUGUGGACCAGCCAAGGUCUCAACGAGUACGCAGAAGCCAUGCUAGACCGCCUCGUGCGCGCUAGAACGGACCGUUUCGAGCAGCGCUUACUCCAUCUUGACCAACAGCAGCAACGCACCGAGCAGUACGUUCAGGAAAUACGACGAGAUCUAAGUGGGCAAAUUAGCUAG